UUGUGAAGAUAUGGGCAGCCAUGCUGUUUGAGGGCAUUGUGAAGCACUGGGCAGCCAUGCUGUUUGAGGUCAUUGUGAAGAUCUGGACAGCCAUGCUGUUUGAGGUCAUUGUGAAGCACUGGGCAGUCAUGCUGUUUGAGGUCAUUGUGAAGAUCUGGGCAGCAAUACUGUUUGAGGUCAUUGUGAAGCACUGGACAACAAUGCUGUUUGAGGGCAUUGUGAAGAUCUGGACAACCAUGCUGUUUUAGGGCAUUGUGAAGAUCUGGGCAGCCAUGUUGUUUGAGGUCAUUGUGAAGAACUGGGCAGCCAUGUUGUUUGAGGUCAUUGAGAAGCACUGGGCAACCAUGUUGUUUAAGGUCAUUGUGAAGCACUGGGCAGCCAUGUUGUUUAAGGUCAUUGUGAAGCACUGGGCAGCCAUGUUGUUUAAGGUCAUUGUGAAGCACUGGGCAGCCAUGUUGUUUGAGGUCAUUGUGAAGAUCUGGACAGCCAUACUGUUUGAGGUCAUCGUGAAGAUCUGGACAGCCAUGAUGUUUGAGGUCAUUGUGAAGCACUGGGCAGCCAUGCUGUUUGAGGUCAUUGUGAAGAUCUGGACAGCCAUGCUGUUUGAGGUCAUUGUGAAGCACUGGGCAGCCAUGCUGUUUAAGGUCAUUGUGAAGCACUGGGCAGCCAUGCUGUUUAAGGUCAUUGUGAAGCACUGGGCAGCCAUGCUGUUUGAGGUCAUUGUGAAGAUCUGGACAGCCAUGCUGUUUGAGGUCAUUGUGAAGCACUGGACAGCCAUGCUGUUUGAGGUCAUUGUGAAGAUCUGGGCAGCCAUGCUGUUUGAGGUCAUUGUGAAGAUCUGGACAGCCAUGCUGUUUGAGGUCAUUGUGAAGAUCUGGACAGCCAUGCUGUUUGAGGGCAUUGUGAAGAUCUGGACAGCCAUGCUGUUUGAGGUCAUUGUGAAGCACUGGGCAGCCAUGUUGUUUAAGGUCAUUGUGAAGCACUGGGCAGCCAUGUUGUUUGAGGUUAUUGUGAAGAUCUGGGCAGCCAUGCUGUUUGAGGUCAUUGUGAAGAUCUGGGCAGCCAUGUUGUUUGAGGUCAUCGUGAAGAUCUGGAAAGCCAUGCUGUUUGAGGUCAUUGCGAAGAACUGGGCAGCCAUGCUGUUUGAGGUCAUUGUGAAGAUCUGGGCAGCCAUGUUGUUUGAGGUCAUUGUGAAGAUCUGGACAGCCAUGUUGUUUGAGGUCAUUGUGAAGAUCUGGGCAGCCAUGCUGUUUGAGGUCAUUGCGAAGAACUGCUGUUGCAAUGCAGCAUCUUCUUGGUUGAAAGCGCCAUGUGUUUCUGAGACACUGAACACCUUCCAUACACCAAACAUGGGCUCUACUACACCUCUGAUGCGGAUAUGAGCUUUGUCGUAUCGUUGUUGCUCAGGUCCUAUUGCAUGAAGAUAGAGGGUGAACAAGGAGUUGGUCUGUGCAUGCCCACUCUCACCAAGUAUGCCUCCACUAUGUUGUCCUUCUUCGAGCUGGGUAUACAAAGAGGAGUUUUGGAAAAUCAUUGAGUCGUGAGUUACACCUUUCUAAUGUGCAACAAUGUUGGAGAUCUGCAAUUAACCCGUUUUUUACGAUUCCUGCACACCUCAGCAUCUGCUGUAGAGGGACCCUUGAUGUGAAUAUGACAUCCCUCUAUACAGCCAAAUGACUCCAGGGAAGUAUCUAUAUUCAUGGAAGUGUACCUUGUAGUCGGUUUUGGCAGGAAGCAUCAGGAAACUUGAUGUAUGUCAGUUCACAUAUACCCCUGCAGACAUUGUGGACUAUUCUGCAUACAGUCAGUUCACUAACAACAACAUUAUUCCCUUGUUUCACGAUGGAAGGUUCCAGAUGCAAACAACCCUCAAGGUGAUCAGCACUUGGGAUGGGCCUGGGGCUGUGGCGGUCAUGAAACUUCCGUCUAGGGCUGUGGCGGUCAUGAAACUUCCAUCUAGGGCCUAGCGGUCAUGAAACUUCCAUCUAGGGCCUAGCGGUCAUGAAACUUCCAUCUAGGGCCUAGCGGUCAUGAAACUUCCAUCUAGGGCCUAGCCGUCAUGAAACUUCCAUCUAGGGCUGUGGCGGUCAUGAAACUUCCAUCUAGGGCUGUGGUGGUCAUGAAACUUAUAUCUAGGGCUGUGGCGGUCAUGAAACUUAUAUCUAGGGCUGUGGCGGUCAUGAAACUUCCAUCUAGGGCUGUGGCGGUCAUGAAACUUAUAUCUAGGGCUGUGGCGGUCAUGAAACUUAUAUCUAGGGCUGUGGCGGUCAUGAAACUUAUAUCUAGGGCUGUGGCGGUCAUGAAACUUCCAUCUAGAGCUGUGGCGGUCAUGAAACUUAUAUCUAGGGCUGUGGCGGUCAUGAAACUUAUAUCUAGGGCUGUGGCGGUCAUGAAACUUCCAUCUAGGGCUGUGGCGGUCAUGAAACUUAUAUCUAGGGCUGUGGCGGUCAUGAAACUUAUAUCUAGGGCUGUGGCGGUCAUGAAACUUCCACUGCCGAUCUCAGUGUAAUUGACCGUUAAUUAACAAACACAUUUAAACAUCUCUUCUGGAUCCAACACAUAGCC